AUGGCGAUCUGUACUUAUAACGCACGUACGCUUGCAUCGGAAGCGGCCAUCGAAGAUCUGAUGAUGCAAGCCAAGAAGAUCAAGUACGACGUCAUCGGACUGACCGAGACGAGACGACGUCACCCUCUCAACGCCGUAUAUGAAACUGGAGAAGAACUGUUCUUAGGAACAUGCGACAGUAGAGCUGUUGGUGGAGUUGGCGUCCUCGUCAACACGAGUAUGGCAAAGAACAUCGACUCUUUUGAACAACUUACGACCCGAAUCGGACGUCUGCGGAUGAGAAGAUGUGGCCCAAUACCAGCUUUGACUAUCUUCGUCGUUUACGCUCCAACAUCAAGCUACGAAGAAGAAGAAGUCGAAGCUUUCUGUAUGGACCUGGAGAAGUUCUACCAAGAAGAUCAUGCCUUCUACAAGGUCAUAGUUGGCGAUUUCAACGCUAAGGUUGGCCCAAGAAGAACGCCGGAGGAACUUCACAUCGGGACCCACGGCCUACAAUGGAAUGACCAGGGAGAGAGGCUCUCCGAGUUCAUCAUGACGACUAAGACCAUCCAUGGGAACUCGCAAUUCCAGAAGCCCUCUUCUUUACGCUGGACGUGGGAGUCACCCGGUGGAGGGUACCGUAAUGAAAUAGACCACAUCAUCGUCAAUAAAAGGUUCUGCCUGACGGACGUCGGUGUUGUACCAAAGUUCUAUACGGGAUCGGACCAUCGCCUCCUCCGAGGAAGAUUUUCCUUCACAAGGAGAGCAGAGAAAGCCGCCAAGUUCAGAGAGAGAAAUCCCAGGACUACCAUCAACUGGGAUCUCUUCGCUACGCUGGCCGGCUUUUGGGAAGAUUCUGCAAUGGACAACAUCGACGAGGAAUAUGACCGGCUUGUCGAACACCUUCACGACUGCGCGAAGAAGGCUGAGAGUUUUAAAUCCACCAAGAGGCGUCUGUCUCUUGAAACUCUUGAGCUGAUACGCCAGCGUGGAGCAGCACGAGCCGCAGGGAACCAAGAACUCACGUCCGAGCUCGCAAGGCUUUGCCGAGAGGCGAUAAAGGAAGACCUUAAAGAGAGAAGAGCAGAAGUGCUGGCUGAAGCUGCAGAGGCGGGGAAAAGCAUCCGCUAUGCCCGUCGAGACUUCGCCAGUCGCAAGACGAGGAUGACUGCUCUCCGGAACCCAAAGGGAACAGCCAUUGCAUCGAGAAGGGGGAUGGAGAAAAUCAUCUACGACUUCUACUCUGAUCUCUUCGACAGCCAUGUCCACUUGCCUCCUCACCAUCUGAGGGAAGAUGGACAAGUCAUUCCAGAGGUUCUCCCGUCCGAAAUACGACAUGCUAUCAUGUCGGUAAGAAAUCGUACGGCACCCGGUCCCGACAGAAUAAGACCAGAACACCUGAAGAGCCUUCCGCCAGUACUCAUCAACACCCUGGCGAGGCUCUUUACACGUUAUCUGUCGGAAUGCAAGGUUCCUAAACAGUGGAAGACCAGCAAGACCGUGUUGUUGUAUAAAAAGGGAGAUCCACAUGACAUCGGCAACUGUCGCUCAAUCUGCUUACUGUCCGUCAUCUACAAGUUCUUUACAAAAGUGAUCCUUAAUAGGAUUGAAAAAUUCUUGGAUGAAGGACAGCCAUGCGAGCAAGCAGGGUUUCGAAAAGGAUUCAGCACGAUUGACCACAUUCACACUGUUUCGAAACUCAUCGAGGUAUCACGAGAGUACAAGAUGCCGCUUUGUCUCACCUUCAUCGACUUAAAGAAGGCCUUCGACUCGGUUGAGACGGAAGCGGUCGUGGAAGCCUUGGACAACCAAGGCGUCCCUACUCAGUAUAUAAAGGUAUUUCGAGAGUUGUACAGUAUCUUCACGACUGGAAUUUCGCCAUCCUACAAGAACAUCAUCAUUGACGUGAAGAGGGGGGUCCGACAGGGUGAUACAAUUUCACCCAAAAUAUUCACAGCCACCCUCGAGAACGCAAUGCGAAAGUUGGAAUGGGACGACAUGGGAGUGAAGGUUGAUGGUCGGCAGCUACACCAUUUGCGCUUUGCUGAUGACAUCGUACUGGUAACACCUAGCAUCAGCCAAGCGGAACGAAUGCUGACCGAAUUCGACGAAACAUGUGGAUGCAUCGGUCUUCAGCUGAAUCUACGAAAGACGAUGUUCAUGCGGAACGGAUGGGUCUCGGAUGCCCCAUUCACGCUCAACGGAACGAACAUAUCCGAAUGCACCAGCUACGUUUAUCUGGGUCGGGAACUGAACAUGAUGAACGACCUGACCCCCGAGCUGGGCAGGAGGAGACGAGCGGCUUGGGGAGCGUACAAGAGCAUCGAGGAUGUAGUGAAGAAGACCAGGAACACCCGGCUCCGUGCUCACCUCUUCAACACCACCGUACUUCCUGCUUUGACCUAUGCUUCGGAAACCUGGGCAUUUCGCAAGCAGGAGGGAAAUGCGAUCAGCAUCACAGAACGUGAAAUUGAAAGGGUGAUGCUAGGAGCAACCCGCUUUAUGCAGGUGAGGGACGGGAUUCGAAGUUCUCUCCUACGUCAGCGAUCGAAGAUUAGAGACGCCGCGUUUGCCAAGGAAAGUAAAAUAAGGUGGGCCGGACACGUGAUGCGCUUUAAUGACAACCGUUGGACCAGAGCCGUGAGCGACUGGGUUCCCCGCGAUAUUAAGCGCACUACAGGAAGACCGCCGACCCGAUGGUCAGAUUUCUUCACGAAGUCCUUGAAAGAAAAAUAUGAUGCUCUUCGUGUCGCACGCGAAAGGAGGAACCACUGGACUACUCUGGCACGCGAUCGGGACAAAUGGAAGAAUUACUGGCGCCCGCUCGACCAGUUCGAAGAUCAACGGGAGUCAAGGUGA